AUGGAUAGAAAGUCUGCUAGAAUAAAAGCAGAGUUACAAAGAUAUGGUUGGAGAGUUUCGAAGAAUUUUAAAUAUAGGAAGGGAAGACCCAUAAAAGUCUAUGACAAAUUGUCUGGUCUUCGCUACGAAAUGGAUUUGGAAACAGCACGUGCCAAUUAUCCAAACAGACUAGAGAGGUUAGAAGAAGAACGUCUUAUGGACAUGCCUUUCGAUGUUAGUGAACCUCAAGUUGAAGGACACGACGGCUUUGCCAGAUUCUACUGGAAACAUGACGAACAAUUGCAUCCUUUGAGAAGGAAAAAAGGAAAAGGUGAAGACGCACAUGCUCCCAUGGAAAGAACAAGAUAUGCAUAUGAAAAGUAUCGUGAAGUUAGAAGUCAAAUUACAUCUGGUCGAACCUUUACAGUAAACUUUGACGAAGGAAAGAACAAAGAAGGCUUCAUGGGUGUACUUGCUGCAAUUCAAGACGGAAAUAAGAAAGGACACAAUCUCAGAUUGACCAUAACAGAUUUGGAUGGUCACAUUUACUAUGCACAUGGCAAUGAACAAACAGCCGCAAAACUUCUUGACGCUUUCAAGACUACAAAGAGAGAACAAAUGGUUGACUCCGACUCAGACAUUUUGAAUGCAAUUGAAGGAAUUGCAAGUGUCAAGUUCGAAUGGUACCAACCUAACCCUCAAGCAGUCAGACAACAUGCUGGAUACUUCCCGUUCAUAAAUAAGUCUGACAUUGACUUGACAAGGUAUGGAAUUUACAAUUCAAUUGAAACAAUUGUCAACGAACCUUGCAUUCUUACAUGUCUCAGGAACUCUGGUCUUGUUACAGAUGAGAAGAUGAGGUAUCUUGAGUCAU